GACAAGGAGGAAGAAGAAUGCUGGGUGUGGCGAGGGGUAAAUCACGGUAUCGUCUCUACAGCAGCGUUGCGGCAUCCAAGCCCAUUGUGGCGGCGGCUGUUCUGGAGCGCCUGCCAUUGUAUCCGCGCCCGCCCCAUCCCACAGUCGCCUCGUUCAGGGAGCUCUCCAAGAAAUGGAAGCAAAUCAUCGGAGAGGUGGACAUUCUAGAACAGACACUGGACGAUAUGAAAGGGCGUGCUGCUCCUGCUGCCUCUGAUCAAGAAAAAGUAGCACCAGUCCAGUCCACCGAUCGAAAAUCUUUGCAGAGACUAUUGGAUCAAAGGCUGUACUUGAUCGUCCGUGGAAACUCGCCGUACAAGGGCCAGAAAGAAUGGCAUUUCCCAGAGAAGAAGUACGUGGACGAGAUGAACUUAAGAAAGUGCGCAGAGUCGGCUCUCGAGACGUUUCUAGGCGACCUCUCCGACGUCUACUUCGCAGGAAAAGCCCCGAGCGGACAUCUCGACUGCCCCGAGUUUCAGCGCUUCUACUACAGAUCCCACUUCGUUGCGAGCAAAGAAGUGGCAGCGUCCAAGGACUACGCGUGGGUAUCCAGGGAUGAACUCGGCGAGUAUUUCGACGAGACACAACUGGAGCUUCUCAAACGGAUGCUUCCCAACUUCUAGCGGGUCGAAUUUGGCGGAAAAGAGUGGCGUGAAGUUACUUCCAGUUCUUCGACUCCCUUCGAUUCAAAUUGUAAUCAAAGACCAUUUGAAGAACCCAUGAUAUGGGAGAAAUUUGCUUAGAA